UUCACUUUAUUGUUUACUUAUCUGGAAGGCUAAAAUAAUAAAAUUUUUCACUUUCCAUUUAAUUAUUUCUAGAAGUUCUAAAGACGCAUUUUCCUUUUAAAUGUCUUGCAACCACUGUUACUCAAAGUUCGGUUUCUUUAAUAAGGAGCUGGGCUGCACCAAUUGUGGGCUUUCUCUAUGCAGCAAAUGUCUGCAGCAAAAAAGUAAAAUUCCCAACAAAGGCCACGAAGAACAUAAAGUGUGCCGAACGUGCUUCUUAACGAUAUCAAAUGCAUCUAAAAACAGUUAUGAGACUUGCAUUGUACCUCCGGACCGAUUUCUAAAGAGACUGGAAAAUUUGGAAAAUCCAGCUGCUCGACCCAUCACUGUAUACAAACACAAUCAAAAAAUGGAUGCUUUACGCACAGGCUUAUCAGAACAAGAUCGAGAGUUGGUUGAUAGGCUUGAAAAGCUAAAAGAAAAACAACCACCAGCUCCUGCAGAUAGUGAAAUAAGAGAAAGAUUGGCUAAGCUAAAAGGGGAAACUUUUGCUAGUGGAUCAGAUUCAAAUAAGCCCUUCUUCAUACCACCAGAUACAAGAUCUGAACAAGAAAAAGUAGAUUCACUCUUGGAGCAGUUCUCAUCUCAACAAGGCAUCGAUGCAGCAUAUAAGCCACAUGAUGAUCUUGCUCAGAGAUUAGCUACUUUAAAAGGAGAGGAGCACAAAGAGAACAAGAUAGAUUAUAUGGAGGAGUCAGAUUCUGAAGAUGAAGUAGACAGAAUCACUCAAAAGAUCGUAUCUCAAGUAUCAAUAGACGAGCGCUGUCCAAUAGAUCCAUCCAAAACCCUACCAAACGAUGAUGACGAAGAAGAGUUCAAAAGAACCUCCCCAGAACUACCAUGGUGUGUCCUCUGCAACAAUGACGCAAAGUUUAAAUGUUACGAUUGCGGGGGAGACUUAUACUGCGGCUCUUGUAACACUGAAGUGCACAAAAACUGGGGUGAUACUGACCAUAGGGUCGUUGCUUACAAACCGGAAUAAUUCCGACUAAUUUUUAAUUCACUAUUCCUAAUAUAAAUUUAAGAAAAUAUUCCUUAUACUGUAAGAUGCUAUGUUGUAUUGUUGUGCCUUUUUCAUAUUUAAUAAUAAACUUCAUUAGUUAUAUUUAUAUUAUAAAGCAUAAAUGUAAUAUAUUAUAUUAUUUUGCAAAAUAUAUAAGGUAUGAUAGUUUAA